UGUCCCGGAGUUUGGCUGUCCCGGAGCUCUGGGUGGCGCAGGGUUUGGGAUGCCCCGUUAUUUGGGAUGUCCCGGAGUUUGGGGUGUCCCGGAACUGGGGCUGAAACGGGAUUCGGGGCAUUUGAGGGAGGGUUUGCGGUGUCUCGGGGUUUGGGGUGCCCCGGGUAUCGGUGUGUGCCGGGAUUUGGGGUGUCAGAGGAUUUUGGGGUGCCCCGGGAUUGGGGGAUGCUACAGGAUUUGGGGUGUCUGGGAUGGGGGUGUCCCGGGAUUGGGGGUGUCCCGAGUUUUGGGGUGCUCCAGGUUUUGGGGUUCCCCCUCACGCUGCCACCCCAGGGGACACCCACCGCGGUGCCUACACCGCCUUCAUGAAAUCCCAUCGCUGCUACGACCUGAUCCCCACCAGCUCCAAACUGGUCGUCUUCGACACAUCCCUGCAGGUGAAGAAGGCGUUCUUCGCGCUGGUCACCAACGGUGUCCGUGCAGCCCCGCUCUGGGACAGCAAAAAGCAAAGUUUUGUAGGAAUGCUGACCAUCACCGACUUCAUCAACAUCCUGCACCGCUACUACAAAUCACCCAUGGUGCAGAUCUACGAGCUGGAGGAACAUAAAAUAGAGACGUGGAGAGAGGUUUAUCUGCAAGACUCCUUCAAGCCGCUGGUGUGCAUUUCCCCCAAUGCCAGCCUGUUU